GUGAAACAUCUUAAGAUUCAAACAUUGUUGUUUGAUAGAGAAGAAAAAAAGUAUAAAAGUGAAAUAAAUAUUCGUCAUCACGUUAUAUCCCGCAUAUUUUCUGUAUUCGAAUUAUCAGAUAAUAUAAUAGAAUAAAUUAUUUUCAAUCGUAUCACGUGUUUCGCCUAACUUUAUAAUCAUGUUCCCCUAUUGUGAAAUGUGACAUAGUAUGAAAUCUCGAUCGAUUGUUCAAACAUUCGGCUCACUUGUACAUACUCGAACAUUCGAAACUAUCAAAGACAAGUUAAACACACGAUGAACAAGAAGAAAGUGAAAAAAGAUUCAAUAAAGAAGAAAUCGGACGAAACUUUUCAACAGAUCGAAUCUGUCUCUUCUAGUUGUGCCACUGAAAAUGAUUUAACCGAUGAUUUUGAAACGCACGAAUUUCGAAAUGAUGAAACGAAAGAAUCUAUUGAAACGAAAUCUCAAUUAAGAAGAAUUAUAAAACGUAGAAAUAAAAUAUAUAACAGAGUGCAAAAAAAAAUGAAUGUGAUAAAAAAUAUAACGUUAUAUAGCGAUUAUUUGGAAGAAAAAACAACAGUCUUGGAAAAAUGUUCUAUCAAGCACGAAGAUCUUUGUAUAUUGACAAUUGAUUUAUUAAAUGAACUUUUAUUGUUAGCCAAAAAAAUUAGUCCGGACUUAUUAUUUUUUAUAAUCAAAUACAUCAUGAAAAUAAAGAAUAUAUCGAAAGAAGACUGCAAUAUAUCCAUGGGUAGUGAUUUCAUUCCCCUAUCUCCCACAAAGGGAUUACAGGAAGGACACCUGACAGGGAUGGAGCAGCCAAACAUUUGCAAACAAAUUUUGAAGAGACCUGCUGAAUCGGAAUUUGAAGGUGCAUCUAGUCCAAAGAAGCGUCACAAGAAUCCACAGCCCAAGAAUGCAGUAUGUGCUCUAAAUGAAUUAAAAAGUGGUGCAGUGUAUAAAGUUGUUGAUCAAACUGGCCCCACACAUGCUCCAAUAUUUACAAUAGCGGUACAAAUUGAUGGUCAAACUUAUGAAGGCAAAGGACGUACUAAGAAAAUGGCAAAACAUGCUGCUGCUGAACUUGCAUUAAGAAAUAUUGUUCAGUUUAGAAAUACACCAGAAGUUCAUCAAGCUAUUAACACUUGUCAACCUUCUAUUCCCCUUGAACCAGAUUUUACGAGUGAUGUCACGGAACGCGAUAAUCAUCUAGUCAAUGCUUUUAAAACUUUAACUCAAGAACCAAAAAAUACAAAUAAAUUUUUAGAAAAAGGUCCUGUAGCGCUUAUUAAUGAAUUAUAUCCUGGUGUAGUAUAUAAAUGUGUUUCUGACAACGGUGAAAGCUAUGCAAAAUUUACAAUAUCGGUAACAAUCGAUGGAGAAACAUUCGAGGGAACUGGACCAAGUAAAAAAUUAGCAAAAGCUGCGGCUAGUAAAGCAGCGUUAGCUAAAUUAAGGAACGUUCACAGUUCCUCGUUCUGCAUACCGCUUCCGGUUCGCGUUUUGCCAAAUUUUCCCAGUAGUGGCCAUUGGCAAGAUCAGAUGUCUUUACCUCAAAUGUUAGCUGAUAAAAUUGGGAAAAUGGUGAAUCAAAAAUUUAGCGAAUUAAUUCAAUCAAAACCGCAACAUGCUCGUCGCAAAGUUUUAGCUGGCAUUGUUCAAACUAAAGGUUCAGAUGCGGAACUGAUAUGUGUAACAACUGGUACAAAAUGUGUCUCGGGGGAACAUCUGAGUGUCAGCGGUGGUGCACUGAACGAUUGUCAUGCCGAAGUGGUAGCGAGAAGAUGUUUAUGCGAAUAUUUGUAUAAACAAUUGGAACUUCAUACGGAGGACCGGGCUGCGGAAUCUAUUUUAGAACCGGCAAAGAAAGGAUUUAAAUUAAAACAAGGCAUUCAAUUUCAUUUGUAUAUAAAUACCGCACCAUGUGGUGAUGCAAGAAUCUUUUCACCUCACGAAGAGAAUGAAUCCGUCGACAAACAUCCAAAUCGAAGAGCAAGAGGUCAAUUGCGAACUAAAAUAGAAUCCGGAGAAGGUACCAUUCCCGUAAAAAGCAGCGAGGGUAUCCAAACGUGGGACGGUGUGCUUAUGGGCCAAAGACUGCUGACGAUGUCGUGUUCGGACAAAAUAGCUCGCUGGAACGUACUUGGCGUGCAAGGUGCACUCUUGAGCUACUUCAUCGAGCCAAUUUACUUCCACAGCAUCGUUCUUGGCAGUCUAUUGAACCCAAGCCAUAUGUAUAGGGCGGUCUGCGGACGUAUUGAAAAUACGAUCCAAGGAUUACCGCCUCCAUACAGACUCAAUAAACCACUCAUGAGUCUUAUUACUUCGUCAGAGGUGAGACAGCCUGGAAAAGCACCUAAUUACAGCGUUAAUUGGACAAUCGGUCAACUAGAAGCUGAAGUAAUAAAUUGUACUACUGGAAAAGACGAGUUAGGAAAACCUUCUAGAAUAUCAAAACAAGGACUGUUCAGAAGAUUUUACAACUUAUUAGGUAAACUUAAUACUAUUGAAGAUGCUGAUAAAAAUCAGUGUCGUCAUUAUUUAGAUGCAAAAUCUUCCGUACAAAAUUACUCGCUUGCCAAGCAUCAGUUGAAGGAAGCUUUCGUAAAGGCACAUCUAGGCAGUUGGGUUAAGAAACCAAUCGAACAAGAUAUGUUUGAAGUUGAUAUCUGACUAAAUCAGGGUAACGAUAAGAUCUCGGCAGAUGAUACGAUUUUUCGGCUGUCAGACUACGUAGUUCCUACUGCAAACUAGACCACUCGUUCAGCGUGUUAUGAUAUGGCAGAAUGCGGCAUCAGUAAAGCAUAAAUCGUAGGUUCUCAUACAUGUCUGGUGAUUUUGGUUAUACGAUUCUGUCGUAUAUAUAUCGUGUGUUCAGAGUGUAAAAAAAAAGAAAAAAAAAGAAAAGAAAGAAAGAAAGAAAGAAAGAAAUAAGCCCUUGAUGGUUACUGGUUAUCUUGUCUUCGAGCCGUCGAAGGUUUUACGAUUCGAUAGUUGCUCAGUUUAGAUAUAGGGUUAUCAUAACUUUCGAUACUUCGAAUUAUAAUCUUAAUCAUUAGUGUGAUGUCAAUUUCGACAAAUUUUAUAGACUGGUAGAUAUAUAAAAAAUAAUGAAUUUUAUUUCGCAACACAAAUCAGGCAAAGAAAGAUUACACAAAGAUUGUGAAUUUACUAUUUGCGUAUGUAUUGAAUUCGAUCAAUUUUAAUAUUUGACACAUAUCUGAAAAUCAGUUUUAUGAUCGGGAAUUUUUAAAGCGGAUAUUUAAUAAUGGGAAAAAA